AUGCCGCGGAAGAAGCUUGCCCUUGCAUCUGCGGAAACAAAGUCCACGUACAAGUCUAUGUGUCACCCACCGCACCUGCCGGUGACUUCAACCAGGAAUUCAAUCUUAGAAGGAAGCUGCGUCGUCAACCGCGAUAGCGAGUGGACGUCAAGAGCGAAGCUGUUUGAAAAGGAGUGGGAGAACAAGAACCCGCGGGAAACAUAUGCUUUACUAGAACAAUAUGGCGGCAAAAUGAAAGGAUGUUCUCCUGUGUUUAACACUGCCAAUGGAGUGGCUGUCGGUGAAGCGACACUUCUAACUUUGACGGAUUUCUAA